CAAAAUUCAAGAAAUCCCUACAAUUUGGGGGCUUUGUCUGGGAUACCUCUAAUCAGACUCAUAAAUAAAGAUGCCAGAUGGAAAUGGGACAUUUGUGAAGGACUUUUUUAUUGUUGGUUUUCCUGGACUUCAUUCAACGUACUAUUUCCUUGUAUCUGCAGUUUUGUGUUUAGUUUAUAUCUUUAUCUUGAUAGCAAAUGGAAUGUUUCUCUUUAUGUUUGCAACUAACAAAUGUCUCCAUAAACCAAUGUAUUUUAUUUAUAUAAAUCUUGUAUUGUCUGAUGUGUUGUUCAGUACAAGCACCUUACCAAAGAUCAUUGCUAGAUAUUUAUUCCAAGAUGGGACUAUUUCUUUUUCAGCUUGUUUUUUUCAGAUGUAUUUAGUACAUUAUUUUGGUGCGGUCAGUUCAUACACACUAGCCAUAAUGGCCAUAGAUCGAUAUAUAGCCGUUUGCUACCCAUUUGGGUAUCAUGCUAUUAUGUCAAAUAGAAAUACACUAAUUCUGUCCAUAGUAAUCUGGGUAUUCUCUCAUCCUAUCAGUAUAAUGAUGGUUGUUCGAGCCUUCCCACUUCCAUAUUGUGGCACCAAUACCAUUAUUCACUGUUAUUGUGAUCACGUAUCAAUUACCAGACUUGCAUGCACUGACAGGGCUCCAUAUAGUUUUCCAGCUUUUGUUUUUGCCAUGGUCAUAUUGCUAGGCUCUCUUGCCAUAAUUGUGUUUUCCUAUUCCUUCAUAAUUUUUGCUGUCCUACAAAUAUCUAGUACACAUGGCCGGUUAAAAACAUUUUCCACAUGUAGUUCUCAACUCAUUAUAAUUGCUCUCUUCUUCUUACCCAGGUGUUUUAAUUACUUGGCUGCGAAUGUAGGUAUUACAUUUAAUGCUAAUUUGCAAAUUGUUAUUAUUUUGCUGUAUAGCCUGCUACCUCCAAUGAUAAACCCAUUACUAUACAGUCUAAAAACAGAAGAAGUUAAGAAAAUAUUAAUAAGCAAAUUAAAAAAACACCAAGUACACUUGACUGUACUAUCUUAAAAUAUAUGGCACAUGAGUAAUUGUAAUUGGACCUAC